AUGGCUGCUGUUUUAAAUAAUACACCAAUAUUAAAUUCGAUUCCAACAUCAACUCGUUUUACAGAUGAAUAUGAUCUUAAAGAAGAACUUGGCAAAGGUGCAUUUUCCAUUGUACGAAGAUGUAUUCAAAAAAGUACCGGCCAAGAAUUUGCUGCUAAAAUUAUUAAUACAAAAAAAUUAUCUACACGAGAUCAUCAAAAACUUGAACGAGAAGCUCGUAUAUGUCGACAAUUAAAACAUUCAAAUAUUGUUCGCCUUUAUGAAAGUAUUGCUGAAGAAGGUUUUCAUUAUCUUGUUUUUGAUCUAGUUACUGGUGGAGAACUAUUUGAAGAUAUUGUUGCUAGAGAAUUUUAUAGUGAAGCUGAUGCCAGUCAUUGUAUUCAACAAGUUCUUGAAGCUGUACGACAUUGUCAUGAAAGUAAUAUUGUACAUAGAGAUUUAAAACCAGAAAAUCUUUUACUUGCAAGUAAAACAAAAGGAGCAGCUGUCAAACUUGCUGAUUUUGGUCUUGCUAUUGAAGUAAAUGGUGAACAAACACAAUGGUAUGGUUUUGCUGGAACUCCUGGUUAUCUUAGUCCUGAAGUGCUCAAAAAAGAACCUUAUGGUAAACCAGUUGAUAUCUGGGCAUGUGGUGUAAUUCUUUACAUUCUUCUUGUUGGUUAUCCACCAUUUUGGGAUGAAGAUCAACAUAGAUUAUAUAAUCAAAUUAAAGCUGGAGCUUACGAUUAUCCAUCACCAGAAUGGGAUACAGUUACAACCGAAGCGAAACGUUUAAUUGAUUCAAUGCUUAAUAUCAAUCCGAGCCGACGUAUUAGUGCUACAGAUGCAUUAAAACACCCAUGGAUUUGUCAACGCGAACGAGUCGCUGGUACAAUUCAUCGACAAGAAACCGUUGAUUGUUUACGUAAAUUUAAUGCACGUCGAAAAUUAAAGGGAGCUAUUCUAUCGACAAUGUUUGUUAAUCGUACAUUAAUACCCAAUUCAGCUGCAUUUGCUAGUGCUUCUAGUGGAAGUACACAAACUCCAACUGAUGGAAAAAAAACAACAGUGGCAACAACAAGUGGUGGAACAUCACCGGUUACAAAUCUUGCUGUAUCGUCUGUUAUGUCAGCUUUCUCUAGUGGAGGUAAUCGUUCCCGAGCGACACCUCAAAGUGGUAAUAGUGGUAUUAAAGAAUCUGGCGAUAGUAAUAGUGCAACAAUUGACGAUGCAAAUGAUAGUGAACGGAUUGAUCGAUUAAGUGUAGAAAACAAGAAUUCAUCUCAAUCACCAAUAUCACCUAUCAUUAUUGAUUCACAAUCUAUAACAACAGUCGAUAUGAAUUCGGAAAUAACCAAAGUAACUGAACAAUUAUUACAAGCUAUUGCUAAUAGUGAUUAUGAAAUGUAUAAAUCAUUAUGUGAUUCGAAAAUUACAUGUUUCGAACCAGAAACGAUAGGCAAUCUUGUUGAAGGUCUUGAUUUUCAUAAAUUCUAUUUUGAUACAGGGCGAUUUGCUCGCUCCGAUACAGUCUUAUCAAGUAAAGCAACUAAACCAACAAUCAAUUGUACAAUGUUAACACCAGUUGUACAUCCAUUAGGAGAUGAAUCAGCUUGUAUAGCAUAUGUUCUUCUUCUUCAAUAUAUUGAUCGAAAUGGUCAACCACAAAGUGUACGAACAGAAGAAACACGUGUAUGGCAUAAAAAAGAUUCACGUUGGCAAUGUGUUCAUUUUCAUCGUUCGGGUAUGCCUAUUGCUACAGCUAUAAAAUCAUCAUUUCCUCCAGCAUCAAUGUAA